GGGAUGUAAAUUUUCUUGUACCAAAACUUGGGCAGAACGUUUCCCUCCGAAAAGAUUAAAAUCCAAAGAGGUUACCUUUUAUUAUGGCGGAACUGUGAGGGCUGAGAGUUUUGCCAGUUGAGAUCUCUGUCAGGAUGGCACAGCCCGAUGUGGGUCCCAACGACAUCGUCAUCCACCUUGUCAAUCCGUACAAGUGUGCCUCAUGCGGAACGGAAUUUUUCUUGCGCUCCAUGCUGCUGGAGCAUCUGGGAGAGCAUAUUGAAAAGCAGAAGGCUCAGAAUCCCUGUAGCCAGGUUGUCUGUGGUGUCAGUCUGGCAGAACACACGGACAAUGGCAUCACCGUCACACGAGACAUCUUACAGAUCAACGAACAUCAGAUGUUUGAGCUUCAGGACCCCACCCUGGACUACUCCCAACUGGCUCCGUUGAAAGCCUUGGAGCAAGCCGGCAUCCUCAGCCUCCCCCCCAAGCCUCAAGUUCUGGACAGACCCCAGGGCAAAAAAGACAGCUCGGCAUUGUCUCAGCCGUUCGUGACUGAUGGCAUUGGCGGCGUCUCCAGAAACAAAAUUUCGCUGCUGAAGCAGUCGCCCCUGUCUCUGCUACCACGGGAGCCGACAGCUCAUGUUCAGAUGGAAGUCCUUGACCCUUCCAUCAUCACGGGGCAUGUCGAGGAUCAGAUUACUGCCCCUACGGACAUAAUCAGCAUCAAGCCGACCUCGGUGGAGCCGAAUAUUGCCGAUUUGGAUUCCAUUGUGCAGCAGACCCUGUUUUGUGAUGGAAGAAUCAAGGGAGAGUACAGCGUCAUGAUAGAGGCGCCUCCAGCGUUAUCUGGGCAGCUUCAAGCUGAAGGAGACAUUCCCCAGAUUUUUGUCUCAGAUGGGCAAGAGAAUUUUGCGAGUCCCCUGGAGGGAGGAGACGAACUGUCGGGGCUGGAGGAGAAGUCUAUUUUAGGGAAGAAGAAGAAGAGGCCGGUGUGCCCUGUGUGCCACAACGAGUUCUCGAACCAAAAUGCGCUGGAGCGGCACCAGGUGGUUCACACAGGGGAGAAGCCUCACCGCUGCCUGGUGUGCUUCAAGCAGUUCAAUGACGUGAGCUCCCUGCGCAAGCACAGCCUCAUCCACAAACGCCAGCACCGCUGCCCCAUCUGCCACCGGCUGUAUCUGCGGAAAGUGCAGCUGGUCAUGCACAUGAAGCACCACGGCAAGAAGCGCUUCAUCCAGUUCGGCAACACGUUCCACGAGGUGAAGGUCAAGAGUUCGCGCAACGAGCACGGCCAGAUGGUGCAGGAGUUUAGUUUGUCCAUGCUGCUCGGAGAAGACGAGAAGAGGGAGGUGGAGCAGAGUGGAACAGAAGCUGUCGCCGGUGGGAAGGAGGCGGUUGAUGGUGUGAAGCAGGAGUCAGAGGGUAAAGAAAAUGAUGGACAAGUAGAUGAAAAAGCUGAAAAUGUUACCGAGGAGGGAACAAUGCUUGAAGCCGCAGAGAAAGGAACGGUUGGCUCUGUGGCUGGAGAUGUGGUUGGAGAAGGGUCCGACUUUGUGGUUGCUCCCAGCGGAAAGGAUCAGCAGGGGCCGGAGGAGUUGCACAUGAAGAAAAAGUCGGUUAUUUACAAAUGUGGUCACUGCAAGAAGAUGAUUUUCACUCGGCCAACGUUGUCCAGGCAUUUGAUUCGGCACACAAACAAGCGUCCGUUUGUCUGCGAGCGCUGCUCCAAGUCGUUCCGCGACAAGGCUGACCUGGUGCACCACUACAAGACGCACACCAAGCCUGUGAAGUGCCCCACGUGCACCGCCGCUUUCUCCAAACCUCUGUAUCUGGAGAAACACUUGCAGAAAGGCUGCCCCGUCAUGGAUCACGACAGUCGCUUCACAGUGCUGGAAGACCUCCGAUGCCAGUGUAAUUUGUGUGGGAAAAUUCUCAAAAGCAAGACCAAUGUGAUCAGGCAUCUACGAGUGCACGCAUUUGACGAUCGUGUCAAGGCAGGUGGGCUGAAAACCGAGGGAGACCUGACUCCGACGAUUCCUUCUUCGGAAACAGCCGAGCCUCCUUCGUUGCUGGAGAAUUCUGCAGGGUUGUCAGAAAAUGUUGAAGACCAUUACAGACCGCUGGAAAACUCAGUCGGGUUCAGCUGUCUUAUCUGUGGGUUAGAAUUCCGCUUCCGGAGUUUCAUGAAAACCCACAUUCUGAUGCACUUAAACGUGCGGCCGUUCAAGUGUCCGCAGUGCAGUAAAAGUUUUUAUGCCAGACACAUGCUGAAGAAGCACCUGCAGAACCACACGAGGCCUUACACCUGUCCGGUGUGCAACAAAGGCUUCAUCAGGAGAUACCUCAUGCGCAAACACUUCAAGAAGAAGCACGAGGAUGGGGAAGGGGAUGACAUGCAGGACAUAACUGUCCUAGAGCAGCAGAAGAUGAUCCUGUGCAACAUUUGUGGCAAGACCAUGCACUCCUUCCAGAAAAGCCUCAUGAGGUACCACGUGCGCAUGCACAAAGACGUUCGUCCGUUUGAGUGUACCGAGUGCCCGAAAAAGUUCAGCAGUGAGCAUGCCCUGAAGAAACACAGCCUGAACCACAAGAAGCCGUACGUCUGUCAGGUUUGUGGCAAAGGUUUCUCCCGCCGUUAUCUGCUCAUGAGCCAUUUCAAAAAGCAGUGCAAACAUUUGAUGAAAGAGGAAAACGAAACUUCUGAAAACAACGAUAGCGUGACGCCUGCUCGCUUGGAGGAUGCAGGAGAGGAAGGUGAUGCAGAGGAGAAUGCUGAGGAUGGUCAACAGCCUGACCCCACACCUUACCAGCCGACGGUGAUCACAACUGUCAGUAUUGAGACUGGGAAAGAGCGCUAUAUCUGCCAGCCAUGUGACAAACCUUUCAUGGUGUACGAAGCUCUGAUCCGACACAUGAACACAUUUGCGCGGCCCACCGCCUGCAGACACUGCGGCAAAGUGUUUGAGGACAAGCACCUGACCAAAGUGCACCAGCGAUCCUGUCUCGGCGUGCUUGGGGUCAUCAAAGGGAGUGGGAUCACGCCGCAGCAGAGUCGCACGUCUGCCUCUUUAGGGCUGAGGCAGGAAAAGGUGCAGCGGAUCAGGACAGCAGUGAAAAAGACAAUAGACUCGGUGACGGCCGGCCCUGCCACGGCUGAGAAUGAUGCAGAAGUGUGUGCAGAGGGUGAGACUGUAACUGAAUCAGCGCCGAACCAGGUGUCCCAAGUGAGCGAGGUUCAAGAUCAAUCGUCGCAAGACCAAGCGUCCGAAGUGAGUGAAGUGUCUGCCCACCACCCUGCGGGGGCUGACGGUGUUUUGAAUGACUCCGCCUCCGCUGCAGAGAGCAGGAAAGAAGUGGUGCAGCGAACGUUGGUGGUGCUCAAGGAAAAGAAGGGCCGCUUCACGUGCCCGGAGUGCUCCAAGACGUUCGGCACGCCCCGUGGUCUCAAAAUCCACGCCAACAGCCACCUGAGGCUGUACAAGUGUGAGACUUGCGACAAGGACUUCUCUCAAGUCGCAUCUCUCCGAGCACACUCUCUCACUCACAAAGAGCAAGGUCGAGAUACACAGUCUUCGUCCAACCUCACGCAGGAGUUUAGUAGUGAAAGUAAAGAAAAUGCUGCACAAAUGGGGAAAGAACGAGCUGGGGUUGAAGAGGCUGAAGUAGAGCCUAGCACACCGGUCAGCAGAUGGAGAGGAAAGAAUAAAAUGAAGAAAACAAGAGUUGAAGAAGAGAGAAAAAGUGACAGUGAUGAUGACUUGAUUGCCGAGAGGAGUGUUGAGCAUAAAGAUCUUGUGGGUGUGAGCCAGCGUUUGAUGCAGUCUGGGACACGUGGUAGGCCGUUCAGCUGCAAGAUGUGUCGGCGUAGGUUCACGGAACAGCCGGGCUUGGAGUCUCACAUGCUGCAGAUCCAUGGAGUGAGAAUGCUGUCUUAGUGUUAGCCAUGUCUGGUCUAGGGCCUGGUGGUGUUUUGCCAGCCCAGGUUUUGUUUCUCUUAAAACAGAACGGUGCAAAAGUCUCUUGGUCAGUAUUGUUGUAAUCAUUAUCAUGUGAAGCUUAAAGGGGGCGCAUUGGUGGCAUAGUGUAUAGAGUCAUUUUGGGGUACCGUACAAAAUACAGAAAACCGUGUUUACUGGUUCAGACUAAAAAAUACAACACACAAAACUCAAACAAUGGAUUUACAGAAAUGAAACGGGGCCAAUUCCAUCAACAGAUUCAACAGUAACAGGACAUGAGAAGCUAUUUGGGCCAAUUGAACUGAGCAGGACAGUCCAGUAAAAAUGAUAGAUAUCUAUACCAGACUUUAAGCGUGAUGCAAUCAGGGUGACUGGGCCCCGGGAAUUUGAAAAAAAUUGCCGAGACCCGGGAAUGCCCCAGGAAUUUGAGGUAAUCUGUAAAUUGCCCUGGGAAAGACCCGGGAAAAUACAUAAAACCAAUUCCGAUAAUGUCCUGCAGUUCAUUUUUGCCGGUCACGAUUAUGAUAUUAUUAAUUCGCUUCUUCCCGAUCAGAGAGUUCAGUAUGUUUCGCGCGAACAGGCAGCCAUGGCGGCAAGCGGAAGUGAAGGCUAUGUGUGUGAUAAUGAGGCUCGAUCCGGAGAAUCAAGACCUGCUUUGGUUACCACCCAGAAAUUUGCUGGUCAUAGUAAUAGUCUGAUAUUGAUAACGCAACAUUCGUAACCUGCAGAUUGUGCAUUACAAAUACUGUGUCACCAUGAAAAUAAAUCAAUAUUAGUUUGUCCUGUGCUGUCACUUG